AUGAUUACUCUGCGCUCUCUCGCUUCAGUGCGAUCCCCGUGCCCCGUUCUUGACAGGCGAUGUCGUUUUUGGCUCUUCCAUUACCGCCUCCCUGCAUUAGCAUCAAUUUCUUGCUUGGCAAACAACCUCAACCCCUCUCUGCCUCCAUUCCUCAUUUUUGAAUUAAGAACUCUCUCUGUUAGAGCUCUGUUUUUACGUUAUAAUUCGACUGUCUUCCUCAUGGCCUCUGGUAUUCUUAGAACUCAGCCAUUCAUCAGGUGCUUUAGGAAGCAGAAUCUGCCGACGAUAAUGCAUGUUUCAACUGGAAACAUUACCUACUUCCGUUUUCCCUCCAGAAGCUUUGUGGCAUCAAAGUACAGGGAAGAUGAUAAUAAAAUGCCAGUGAGAUGUUCAGGACAAAACCGUGAUGAUUUCCGUGGAGGAAGUUCUUCGUCCAAAGCAAAUUUGAAUUUCAUUCAAGAACUGCUGGAGAAGGGAAUUAUUCUAUUUGCAACGGUUCGUGCGGUAUUGGUGUAUGGACGUCAGAAAUUUUUUGCAGCUGAAUUGGUCGAAAAUGCAGCACGUGGAGUUGUUGGACGAAUUAUACUGUUGCUUACCAAUGCAUGGCCUAAACUGAUUCAAGUACUUCAAGUCUUUAAGGACCAGGGGCUGCUACUGGCAAUACUUUUGGGUCUUUCGGCGUUUUUUUCCAUGGCAGAGACUUCCAUUACCACUCUUUGGCCUUGGAAGGUCCGUGAAUUGGCUGAAAAGGAAUCUGAAGAUGGUGUGUUCAAAUUACUUCAGGCCGAUGUCACUCGUUUCCUUACCACCAUACUGAUCGGCACAACUGUAGUCAAUAUCGGAGCAACCGUCCUCGUCACAAAUGCUGCAACAACAAUAUUUGGUGAGGCUGGUGUUGGUGCAGCAACCGGAGUGAUGACAGUUUUGACUUUGCUUCUAACUGAAAUCACUCCAAAAAGCAUUGCUGUUGAUUAUGCCAUAGAGGUGGCUCGAAUUGUGGUCAGGCCAGUGUCAUGGCUUUCACUUGUAUUGUAUCCUGUAGGAAGAGUUGUUAAUUACCUUUUAAUGGGGAUGCUGAAAUUGCUCGGUUGCAAGGCAAGAAGUGAACCAAAUGUAACUAAGGAGGAGCUGAAAUUGAUGAUAAGACGUGCAGUGUCAAGUGGGGCAAUAAAGGUGAAAGAACAGGGUAUAAUAGAACAUGUGUUGCAAAUGAAAGAAACACACGUAAGAGAGGUUAUGACGCCUCUUCUUAAGGUGGUUGCAGUGGAUGUCAAUGCGACACUUACAGAUUUUCAUCGCUUGUGGGUCAUUAAUCAGUACUCGAGGGUACCGGUUUUUGAGCACCGAAUAGCUAAUAUAAUAGGUAUUGCAUAUGCAAAAGAUCUUCUGGCUUUUCAGAAGGGUGAACUACUUGAAAGUAUCACUGUUGGAGAUAUGGCUCGCAAGCCGGCAUAUUUUGUACCGGAUUCAAUGCAUCUUCAGAGUCUGCUCAGAGAGUUUCGAAGUCGAAAGGUUCACAUGGCUAUUGUUCUUAAUGAACAUGGCGUAACUGUGGGCAUUGUUACUCUGGAAGAUAUUUUGGAAGAACUUAGGGCCUGUUUGG